CGACUCAUGCACUCUAUGCUAAGUAGCCGGGGACGCGCUUAGCGAACGGCUAAACAGCUAGCAGAACGCAGAGAAAAGAUUCUUUGACAAUUCACAACGCAAAGGAAAACAAUAUAAUCUGCACGAAGAAGCCGGCAAAGAAACGCAGUCAAAUAUGUUCAGUGUGCUGUAAUCUCAAAUCACCAUCAUACAAUCCAAGGCGGCACUGACUUCCUUCAUCCCAGCAAAAUGGAAACAGAGGCAGAGGUAAUCCCUAUUUGGCAAAAUAAACCACAUGGCUCAACACGUAGUGUGGUGAGACGAAUUGGCUCUACGCUGCCUCUUAAACCCUGUCCCAGGGCAAGUUUCCAGGAGCUCCCAGGCCUUCCUCCAGUUAAUUCCAGGGAUGGUCCAAUGGUGCCUACGCUGGCAGAUAUUGCCUGGAUUGCAGAUGAUGAGGAGGAAACGUAUGCCAGAGUCAGGAGUGACGCACGUCCGCUUAGGCAUGAGUGGAGGCCUACACCCUUGCUGGUUAUGCACAGAAACUCUUCUGUACCCAACUUUAGACGAGAAGGCAGACGGGUCGAGGGUCUGAAGAAACCAGGUGUAACUGCUAUGAACCGCACAACAGCUUUACAGGAUGAGCUGAGUCGACUCCGAGCCCAAAUCGCCAAGAUAGUCGCUUCAGACUCAGAUUCGAAUCCCAUCACCCCUGACCUGCUGUCCCCUGAUGACACUAGUAUGGGCUUCUCCUUGGCUCCAUUUGAGACAGCUGCUUACCAGGCUGCACCAACAGCCUCCUUUGUCAUCAGUGAUGUCACAGAGGAAGAGGAGGAAGUAGAAGAGGAGGAUGAGGACGUUUCUGAGCUGAUGCCUGAUCCAAUGCCACCAGUCUCCAUGACAGGGUCGGCAACUUUUGACCUUGAUCACCCAACUAUGGACUUCCGAGAGCCAGAGGAAGACACGGUGUCUCUGUCAAAGUCAACAAGCUUUGCUGAUGUCAUGGACAUUCUGAAAGACAUGAACCGCAUGAAGAUGAGCAAGGAGAGAUACAACCGUGGGUGCACCUCAUUGAGGGAGGAAGACUCCACCUCUCUUAUAUCUGAAGCCUUGAGGAAGAAAUUUGUUCUGAAGGACGAUGACAUGAGCGUGAGGAAAUAAUUUCAUCUCCGCACACUCUGACUGCCUGUGGACCGUUUCCAUGGAAACCCCAUAAUGCCUCUGAAUAAUUCAAAUGGAGAUCUGCUGCGCUCCUUAGUGCUCCCACAAUGCCGCACCGCUGUGACGUGGCGGAAAGACAUAGGAGCAGCUUUCGUCAACACACACACAUACACAGACUCUCCAGCUGGCACUGAGCUGCCAAAUGGGCCGUGUACAUGCUUUUGUAAUGCCUGUGUUUGUUUGUACAUAAGGCUCCAUAUGGGUGGUCUUUUUACUCGGCAGAUAGGUGAUCACUCUUCCCUUUGUCGUUACGUUAUACUUUUCGAAAUCCAUGCGUUACUUCCUGUUUCAUUCACAUUUACGGUAACAUCUGCUUAGAAAGUUCCCAUUCUUUCCAACAUAUUAUUCAAGCCAUGAAACCACAGGAGGUUCCUGGAAGAGCCCAGUUUUUCAGAUUGUCAGUUUUUAUUUUUGAGAUGAAAGAAGUUUAUAUCUUGCCUUACACUUUCCCUGAUACAACCCUGCAAUACUUGAAGCCAUAUUUGAUGAGCGAUCUGAUGUUGCAAUACAUGCAGCUACAUCUGUCUCCAUGUAGGAAAUAAACAAGCAAGGACAUUCUUCUAUUUAAAGGGUGUGUGUGUACGCAUGUGCACAUUCUCUUGUUAUUAUUGCUUUGUGAUGUUCCCUUUCUCCUUAUAGACUUUUGAAGUGUGUAUUUUAUCACAAGACCAGUGUGGUUAAGAGAAUUGUGUUAAAUAUGUUUGGACUCAUGAUGCGUGUGGUUUAUCUUCAGGAGGUGUGUGAAAAAGGAAAACUGUACAUUGUACAUUUUUCUGUUAAACUGAAUGGCAUAUGUGAUGUUACGUUUGAGGAACCCUCAUAUUUUAUAUGAUGAUUAAUGCGUUUUUUGUUUUGUUAAGUGUAGCAAGAAGCCGUUUUAAUGCAUAUGCUGCCGGCAUGCAUUGAACAGUCACAAAUAUGGGAACCAAAUACAACAUUUGCUUUUUAUUUGUUUCACAUUUUUGGAAAUGUUUCAUGCUUGCAGCCUUUCAAUGUGUCCGACAUGUACAUUAUUAUAAGUUGCAGUUGUGUCAGAUUCUUUUUUCAGAACCUACAAUACUCCAAGAAAAGUAGAUACUUGCACAUAACUUCAUAAUCUAAUUUAAAGACACAGGUUUAUUUCCUGAGCCUGUUUAAUAGACAAUUCACAGUACACAUAUUAUUAUAACAUUCAUAAAAGAACAUUUCAUCAAAGCUAAUUGGAAAUUGGAGCUGUAAUAAAAAGUGUAUGCACUGAAUAUGGUGAUAUGUUUUAGUACCUGCCAGAUGCCAGACCGUGUGAUGACUGCCGGGUUUUAUCUAUAGUUUCAGAUAUAGUGAGAGCCGAAGACUUCUUCAAUCAUGCAGUUUGUGGAUUAUUUUAGAAAAAAAAGAUACUCGUAUACUGUGCAUUUUUCGUUGAACAAGGAAAUAACGGCCUGUGUUUGUGAGUGCAGCAGAAAUAAAUGGUUUAAAGGCUAAA